GAUAUGUAAACUUGUUCGUGGAGACCAAACAUCGAUAUGAUUGAACAAAAUGAAGGAUCAAGUGGGAUAACAAGCCCAGAUGAACCUAAGACAAUUGUUGCAUCGCCGUCGAGACCUCGUGAAGCGAAAGGGGUAAUUGGAGGGGAAGGUGGGACCUGUGUGCGUGAGAAUGAGGAGAAUAGAAAGAGGCAUGGAGUGGAGAUGCUAGAGACCAGCUCACAGCCAGAGAGUCAUCAAAACUGCAUCAUUGAUAUAAAAACCAAUGGAGAGUCAGUGGAUGAUGAAGAUUCUAGUGAAGAAAAGGUUUGCAGGAUAUGUCAUUUGGGCUCCGAAAACGAGUCGAUAACUUCAGAACUCAUACACCUCGGGUGUAGCUGCAAAGAUGAGCUUGGAAUAUCACAUCGUGACUGCGCCGAGAUUUGGUUUAUGCAUCGAGGCAACAGACAAUGUGAGAUUUGUGGUCAGACUGCAACAAAUGUGAGGAGAAACAGGAGUAGCCAUUUUGCAAUACAUCGGAAUGAGAGGAGAUUGGUAGCAAGCUCAACAGUGUCGACAGUGUCCUUGGACAAUGAGGUUUCAUUAUCCUGUUGCUGGGGGCAGCGCUUCUGUAAUUUCCUAUUAACAUGUACAGUUCUAGCCUUCCUCCUCCCAUGGUUUUUUCGUGCCGAUUUCUUUGGAUGAUGAGCGAUGGUCUUUCUCAAACAUCCUAUCAUCACAUUAAUCAGCUACAAAGAUUCCAGACGUGCAAUCCCGGACCUGGGAAUAAGCAGAUGCAACAGUUUCACACAAGGAAGAAUUGACAAACAUGUACAUAUAUAGAACAGUGCAUAUAAAAAUGCUAACUCACAAUAAUUCUAUAUCAAGAGUAAGAAAAUUGAAAAUAGUUAGCCAGAGAGAGAGAGAAAGAGAUUGCAAUGCAAACAAUAGAAAUGGUUAUAAUUUACUAAACUAUUUACCCUUUCCAUAUUAAAA